AUGAAUUGGAGGUUUAUACUCUUGGAGUUGAUAAGAAAUGGACGGGGAUCACUUACCAAUGUUAAUGUCAAUGGUUCUCUUCAUUGGAUGGAUAGUGAAAAUCACAAAAAAAGUGCCAGCGCCUGCAUUUACUCCUUUAAUAUUGGGACAGAAGAAGUGAAGUCUGUGCCACCUCCACCUGGCCUAGAAGCUCCAUCCUCUUGCUUGAGGCUAGUCGAGUUGGGUAAUUGUCUGUGUCUGUGUUUGUCCGAUAAUAGCUAUAGUCAACAUGUCGAUAUAUGGUGGAUGAAAGAGUAUGGAAUAGCUGAAUCAUGGACUAAAGAUCGCAUUUUGAUGGAUUGCAUUCUGCCUGAUAUACGUCAGGGUACAUUUAUACCAAUCAUAAUUUGGAAAGAUGGAGAAAUCUUGAUGCGAAGCGAACAUGGCACUCGACUAGUUUCUUACAGCCCAAAGGAGAUUAAGUUUAGGAAGGUCAAUGUUUACUGUAGUGUCAUUGCAGUGACUAAAUACGUUCCAAGUUUUUACUCACUCAAGACUGUCAUGGGGGACAAUUUUCAAGUCUCAAAUGUUUAUCCAAAGGCUAAGAUAGUUUAG